UCAAGGAGGCAAAUGUCUAGUUAAAGAUGGCUUAUUGUCCAUCAUCCAUUUUGGGCAUCUCUUUAUCUGUUUAUUUAUUUGAAAACAUCUUCACAUAGUAGUGAAGACAUAAGCAAUAAUCAUUUUAUUGACAUGAUUAAGGGGUUUGUUGGCAAACACAUGGACAUCCAGGUAUCAUAUGAACAUUAGUGUGUGUUUGUGGUAUCUUCCAGCAUCCGGUCAUGUCAUCUGAAUAAGGUGAAGCCCGUCUGUCAUCACUGAACGUCACUGAGCACCGAUGUUACACUCUUCUUAAUAACAGCGUGCCUGCAAUUGUGUGAUGUUUUGUGCAUAUGAAUGUGUGUGUGUGUGUCUGCAUGUUGAGGAACUGCCUUGACCUUUGGCACCUCAUGGCAUUGUCUGUGGGCACAUGCCUCCACAAUUGUGCUUGUAUAAGGGUGCGUUCAUCAUGUUUCUCUGUCUCUUGUGCUUUCGUGGAUGCCACACUGCUCUGUAGGGAACCAAAUAGCACUGAAAAUGCCAGGACUGAGAGAACUGAAGCGAAUCUGGUGGAAAGUUCAGAGUUUCUCUCCAUUGUGGAUGACAAGAAAACGUCUCGCUUCACAGAUUUUGAGGGGAAGACUUCUUUUGGGAUGUCAGUCUUCAACUUGGGAAAUGCCAUCAUGGGAAGUGGGAUUCUGGGAUUAGCAUAUGCCAUGGCUAACACUGGCAUCGUCCUCUUUGUAAUUCUCCUCACUGCUGUCGCUGGUCUGUCUUCAUACUCCAUUCACCUGCUGCUCAAAUCCUCCGGUGUUGUGGGUAUUAGAGCUUAUGAACAGUUGGGCUUCCGAGCCUUUGGGACCCCAGGAAAGAUGGCGGCCGGCAUCGCCAUCACCCUGCAGAACAUCGGAGCCAUGUCCAGCUACUUGUACAUCGUAAAGUAUGAGUUUCCACUGGUGAUUCAGGCUUUUCUCAGGACGGAUAAUCCAUCGGGGGAAUGGUAUUUAAAUGGGAAUUACCUGGUGAUCAUUAUAUCGUGCAGCAUCAUCUUGCCAUUGGCUUUAAUGAAGCAGCUCGGGUACCUGGGCUACACCAGCGGUUUCUCUCUCAGUUGUAUGGUCUUCUUCUUAAUAGCGGUGAUCUAUAAGAAGUUCCAGGUGCCGUGUCCAUUCGUUGAGUUUGCCCAUAACAGGACGGUGGUGGGUUUUAACACAAGUGUGGCGGCAGGGGGAGUGCAGAUGACCCCUGAAGAUGACCCUGCCUGCACCCCCCGCCUGUUUAACCUCAACUCACAGACGGCCUACACGGUUCCCAUCCUGGCAUUCGCAUUUGUGUGCCACCCAGAGGUGCUGCCAAUUUACACAGAGCUGCGCAACCCCAACAAGACAAAGAUGCAGCACGUAUCCAACAUCUCCAUAUGUGUCAUGUAUGUCAUGUACUUACUGGCCGCUCUGUUUGGAUAUCUGACCUUCAACGAUAAUGUGGAAGCUGAGCUUUUGCACACUUACAGUCGGAUCGACCCUUAUGACAAUCUCAUCUUGUGUGUUCGCCUGGCAGUGCUGACUGCUGUCACACUCACUGUGCCCAUCGUGUUGUUUCCUGUAAGAAAAGCAAUUCAGCAGCUGUUCUUCCAAAAUAAAACCUUCUGGUGGCCCCGUCACAUCGCGAUAGCCGUCUGUCUGCUCGCGCUCAUCAACCUACUGGUCAUCUUCGCCCCAAACAUACUGGGCAUCUUUGGGAUCAUUGGGGCUACAUCAGCGCCAUGUCUCAUCUUUAUAUUCCCGGCUGUGUUCUACAUUCGCAUUGUGCCCAAGGAAGAGGAACCGAUGCGUUCAGUGCCAAAAAUCCUCGCUGCUUGCUUCGCCGUGUUAGGAGUCUUAUUUAUGAUAAUGAGCCUGAGCUUCAUCAUCAUCGAUUGGACAUCCGGGACCAGCAAAGGAAGCAGUGGUCACUAGGCCACACCCUCUAAUGGUUUAUGUUUUGAAUAUAUAUAUAUAUAUUGUUUAUUUUGGGGUCAGUAGUUGGGGAGGAUGCAUAAUCUGUCAGUGUUCAGUUCUCGAAUUGUCAGUACGGACUCUUUUUCCAGAUUCUUUGAUUUAGUUCAAUCGAUGCUUUAUUUGACCUUGUGACCUGCAUGUGCAGCUCUGUUGUCAUGUGGUGUCGCCCCGUCUCAGGCUGGCUUUAAUAUCUAAAUCUACUAGUUGUUCUACUUUCUCUUUUAUUUCUAAUGUUUGCAGACGCGGCCCAUGACAACCCAUAAUUCCUGUGCCAUAGAAGCAGCACAUGCAGUUUGCAAACAAAAGGGAUUUUGCAUUCUUACCAAACCAUUUCAGUUUAGUUUCCAGCAUCACCCCUCUUCAUAAUGGGACCUUUUACCUUUAACCUUUGCCCUUUGGCCACAUUCAUCAAAAGAUUAGUAUUAUAGUAACUGCUCGUUUAUAACAGCAGGAUAGGUGGUUAUUACACGUGUUACUCUCAGAAUUGUGAUGUCAUCAUAUCUUAUCUUAGAUACAGCAAUACUCUGUGCAAUAGCUGGGAGAUAUCAACACUGAAGGCUGUUGAGAGGUCAAGAGGUCGUUGCCAUGGUGACACAUGACCUAGUGCACAAUCCAGACCCCAUUUGGCUGCAGUCUAUUACACAAUUUCAAAAGUUUGCAGAUUGCACAUAUAGUAAAAAAGAUGGACUGUCUAUGUGUCGUAUUUUAUAUUGAUUUAUAAUUUGUAGCCUUUCUACAAUAUUUAGCGAUAUAAAUAUAUGAGCAUAAAUAUAUAGAGAGAAGAUAUGAGGAUUCAGAUUCAAUUGGUUUAUUCAAGGUUAUCUAUCACAUUCCUGUAAAUUAUUUCUGACUAUUCAGCUAAAAAACACGAAUUAUAACAACAAGACAUUUAUAAUAUUUUGUAUGAAUACUGCUUGUUGUAUUGAGAAUGCACAGAUUGAAAAGCACACUUAAUAAUUAAGUUUAUUAUGAGACCUGCUGGUAGUCGAUCUCUGGAUUAAUAUAACGAGACAUCUCAAACAUUCACAUGAUCGGCUCAAAUGUGUGUGUAAACUCAACACAGAACAGACAGUGUAAUAUUAAAGGGUUAAUUCACCUAAAAAAAGUACAUUCUGUCCUUUUCUCUCAUGACUUUCUUCAUUGUAAAUCAAAAGGAGAUGUUUAGCAGAAUGUUAGUUUGAAGCUUUCAGUCUCUAACAUCUGCUUUUGUGUUAGUAGAAUGAAACUCAUAAAUAAUGACAGAAUUGUUGUUGUUAUUUUUUGGUGAACUAUCACUGUAAGUAAUAUGCAAGUCAAUUUUAUUUGUAUAGCGCCUUUCACAACACACAUCAUUUCAAAGCAGCUUUACAGAAGAUCAGCAUUAACAGACAAUAAAACUGUAACUGUUGGAGUUGGCAUCAGAUCAUCCUCUGAAGUUCAUCAUAAUAGACCGAAGUGAUGUUUGGCUGGCACCGGCUGCAUUUAGUCAUCAUCAUUCUGCGACAUGUAGCAGUGGAGUCCAACAUGAAGCAGGAAUGGUGCUGGAUCCAGCCGGUUCUGGUGACCUCAGAAUAGGAGUCCCGAGGUUGAGACAGGGAAACAAAUAAAAUAAGAUUUGCAUAGAUGCCAUAAAAUUUAUUGCAGAGUUAGAGAUCAUGAUCACUGUUUCUGGUUCCGGGAGACCCAACUAAAGCAGCCUAAUUGUGGGUUGGAGGAUAAAUUAGGUGUAUGUCUGGCUAAAUAGAUGAGUCUUUAGUCUAGACUUAAACUGAGAGAGUGUGUCUGCAUCUCGAACAGUGUUUGGGAGACUAUUCCAUAGUUUAGGAGCCAAAUAUGAAAAGGAUCUUCCUCCUUUUGUGGAUUUUGAUAUUCUAGGAACUAUUAACACGCCAGAAUUGUGCAAUCGUAAUGAACGUGAUGGAAUAUAGCGUGACAGAAGAUCACUUAAGUACUGCGGAGAACAUUCAAAGCUUUUUAUGUAGUUACAGAAUAUUAUAAUUAAUACAGAAUUUAACAGGUAACAAUGUAACGAUGAUAAAAUGGGGCUAAUAUGAUCAUAUUUCUUGGUUCUCGUCAGCACUCUUUGUAGCUGCAUUUUGAACCAAUUGAAGUUUAUUUAUUGAUCUUGCUGAACAUCCUCCCAGUAAUGCAUUACAAUAAUCUAGUCUUGAGGUCAUGAACGCAUGAAUUGGUUUAUCUAAUAAUUAGUACCUCUGUUUUGUCUGAAUUGAUUAGAAGGAAAUUUCUGCCAUCCAAUCUUUUAUUUAAUUGAUACACUCUGCUAAUUUUGAGAGUUGUGAAAUCUCAUCAGGUUUUGAAGAAAUAUAAAGUUGUGUAUCGUCAGCAUAGCAGUGGAAACUUAUUCCACGAUUCCUGAUAAUAUCUCCCAGGGGAAGCAUAUACAUGGAGAAAAGCAGAGGCCCUAAAACUGAUCCCUGUGGCACUCCAUACUUUACUUUUGUUUGGUUUGACAAUUCCUCAUUUACAUAAACAAAAUGGUAGCGGUCUGCUAAAUAUGACCUAAACCAUGCUAAUGCAACUCCACAGAUGCAACAUAAUUCUCCAGCCUAUUCAAGAGAAUGUCGUGAUCUAUCAUGUCGAAUGCAGCACUAAGAUCUAAAAGCACUAGAAGAGAAAUGCAGCCGCGAUCAGAUGAUAAGAGUCAUUUGUAACUCUGAUAAGUGCAGUCUCUGUACUGUGAUGAGGCCUAAAUCCUGAUUGAAAUUCUUCAUAUAUACUAUUUCUCUGUAGAAAUGAACAUAUUUGGGAGGACACUACCUUUUCUAGUAUUUGUGACAUAAACGGGAGAUCUGAAAUCGGUCUAUAAUUAGCAAGUUCUCCAGGAUCAAGUUGUGGCUUCUUGAUAAGCAAUUUGAUAACUGCCAUUUUAAAGUUUCUUGGGACAUGUCCUAAGCAUAGCGAGGAGUUAAUGAUAUUAAGAAGCGGUUCUGAGAUUACAGGAGAUACCUCUUUUAAGAGCUUAGUUGGUAUAGGAUCUAACAAACAUGUUGUUGCUUUUGAUGUUUCGAUAAGUUUUGUUCUUCAUGGCCGAUGACAGAGAAGGAUUAUGAGGCACUGUUUUCUGAGGUGCUGUGACAGAUGAUUGCAUAAUUCAAAUUUCGGAUUAUUUCAAUAUUAUCAGAAAAGAAAUUCAUGAAGUCAUUACUCUUGUGCUGCGACAGAAUAUCUGGUUCUGUUGAAGCUUUAUUCCUAACCAAUUUAUCCACAGUACUGAAUAAACAUCUAGGAUUGUUGUGGUUAUUUUCUAUGAGUUUGCUAAAAUAUGCUGAUCUGGCAGCUUUUAGUGCCUGUUUGUAGCUACAGACACUAUCCUUCCAUGCACCACGAAAUACUUCUAAUUUUGUAUUCUUCCAUUUUCCAAGCUGCUCUCUUGAGAGCAUGAUAGUGAUCAUUGUACCAUGGUGCAGGAUUUAUUUCUUUAUGUGGCGUGGGGACGUGGUCAUGUGUUGGUCUGCGGGAGAGAGAGAGAGAGCGGUAAGGCUUGUCACCUGACCACGUCCCCUCGCCACAUUUUAAUUUUCUUUAAUCGAAGGGUUGGUGACACUAUCAAGAGUGCUAGAGAAGACUGCAUUUAUACUUUCUGUUAUUUCAUCAAGUACUUCUGGGCUUUGGGGUUUAUUGAGUGUAUGAGAUAGAUCUGGAAGAGUAUUAGUGAAGCUAUCUUUAGUGGUGGAAAGAAUAGUUCUACCUGAAUGAUAGCAUGGUGUAGAUUCAGUAACAUUAGCUGAUUGCAGCAUACAAGAGACGAGGUAAUGAUCCGAGAUGUCGUCGCUCUGCUGCAGAAUUUCUAUAUUAUCAACAUCAACUCCAUAUGACAGAAUAAAAUCUAUCUUAUGAUUAUGGCGAUGAGUUGGUCCUGUUACAUUUUGUCUGACUACAAGAGAGUUGAGAAUAUCGAUAAAUGCUAAUCCCAAUGUGUCAUUUUCAUUAUCUAUGUGAAUGUUUAAGUCACCAACAAUUAAUGAUCUAUCUACAGUAACUACAAGAUCUGAUAAGAAAUUAGCUAAAAUACUAAAAGUUAUACAUUUAGUAAGCGUGAGAAAGAUGGUGUCCACACAGGGUCAUUUCUUGAUUAUUGAUGUCUAUGUAGCACUUUCACCUGAAGCACAACUUCCUCUCAAUCUCUCACAAUUAAUGACAUAAUCACAGAUUAUAUAUUUUUAGACAGUUACUGGAUAUGAAAGUCUAUGUACAACUCACUGUAAAUUGUUUGAAGAAUAAUUGUGGAUGUUUAACAUGGUACAUCCAUAUUUUAAUCUUUGUAAUUGAAACUAAUCAACCUAAAUACUAUAAAUCAACCACUUACUGUCCCAUAAUGUUUGUGUGCGUGCGUGUGUGUGUGUGUGUGUGUGUAUGUAUGUUUGUGUGUGUGUGUGUGUGUGUGUGUGUGUGUAUGUAUGUUUGUGUGUGUCUGUGUGUGUGUAUGUAUGUCUGUCUGUGUGUGUGUGUGUGUGUGUGUGUGUGUGUGUGUUUAUGUAUGUCUGUGUGUGUGUGUAUGUAUUUUUGUGUGUGUGUGUGGGUGAGUGUGUGUUUGUGUGUGCGUGUGUGUGUGUGUAUGUAUGUUUGUGUGUGUAUUUGUUUGUGUGUGUGUGUAUGUAUGUUUGUGUGUGUGUGUGUGUGUGUGUGUAUAUAUGUUUGUGUGUGUGUGUGUGUGUAUGUAUGUUUGUGUGUGUGUGUGUGUGUGUGUGUAUGUAUGUUUGUGUGUGUGUUUGUGUAUGAAAUAUGAG